AUGUCGACCGAUAAACGACCACAUAUAACCCCCAAUAGCUUCUUCCACUCGUUCACCACUCCGUCCGAGCCGUCGGAAACUCCUUUAACCAUUUACUUCAUUACGGGAAACCCGGGACUGAUCGGCUACUACCACACAUUUCUCUCCGUUCUAUCAGAGAAAAUCAAAAUAUUAACUAAAACAGAAGAUCAAAAUCGAUCAUUUCAGAUCUACGGACACAGCCUUGCCGGAUUUGAGCUCCCCGAACCAGGACAGAAGAAACAAGAGCCCCAGUCCGCAACACACUACUAUGGCCUGGAAGAGCAGAUUCGUUUUGUCCAAAGAAAGCUGUACAACUUCACCGCCGAUAAACCAGAUGGUGUCGACCAGCUAUCGUCUCAAUCCAACACCACGCCCUCUACCGGCACACGCCCCAAGGUCAUUCUCAUCGGUCAUUCCGUAGGCGCCUACAUCGCAAUGGAGGUCCUGCGACGGCACCGCGAAGGCUCGCAAGGUGAUCGUCCCGUCGACUUUGAUAUCAUCGGAGGCGCCUUACUCUUCCCUACUGUUGUGGAUAUCGCAAAGUCUCCGUCGGGGCAGAAGCUGACCAGGCUGCUCUCGAUCAUCCCACAACUUGCCCUGGUCGCUGGCAUCCUAGUCCGUAUUCUCACUGCUUUGGUGCCCGCCUCUAUCAUGCGGUCCCUGAUCCGGAUCUACAUGCCGUCGGCACCGGGUACCAUGGUCGAAACCACGACCGGGUUUCUCAAGAGCAAGCGAGGCGUGCAGCAAGCAUUACACAUGGCAUCCGACGAGAUGGAAACCAUCACGGCUGAUAAAUGGAGUGACGACGUCUGGGGCAUCUCGACCAGUCAAGACCCCGUGGCGCGACUAUUCUUCUACUUCGGACGCAACGACCACUGGGUCGCGGAGCGCACGAGAGAUGAGAUCAUUGAGCUUCGAGGGCAAAAGCCCCGGGGACCGAAGAUGAGUGUGUGUGAGGAGGGAGUGCCGCAUGCGUUUUGUCUGAGACAUAGCGAUUCCAUGGCGAGCAAGGUGGCAGAUAUGAUUUUGGAGAUGGCUAGAGCUUGA